AUGUUUGACAGCUCGCAGUACCCCUACAAUUGCUUCAAUUACGACGCCGACGACUACCCUGCGGGCAGCUCGGACGAGGAAAAGCGGCUCACGCGGCCGGCGUACAGCUACAUCGCUCUGAUCGCCAUGGCCAUUCAGCAGAGCCCCGCGGGCAGGGUGACCCUGUCGGGCAUCUACGACUUCAUCAUGCGCAAGUUCCCCUACUACCGCGCCAAUCAGCGGGCCUGGCAGAACUCCAUCCGCCACAACCUGUCCCUGAACAGCUGCUUCAUCAAAGUGCCGAGGACGGAAGGCCACGGGAAGGGGAAGGGCAACUACUGGACGUUCGCUGGUGGCUGCGAGUCACUGCUGGACCUCUUUGAAGAUGGCAACUACCGGCGGCGCCGACGCCGGCGUGGAGUCAAGAGUGAGGGGGCAAAAGGGGGCUGUGCCCAGGGUCCCCCUGGUCUGCAGGAGCGGGCCAUUGCCGCGGGGUCCUUGGCCCUCCGCCAGGAGCCACCGACCCCUGCCAGCCCCGCCGGCCUGGGCAAGGAGCCUCACAAGGACAUCAAGUUCAGCAUCGACUACAUCCUCUCCUCCCCUGACCCCUUUCCUGGGCCCCGGUUGCCACCCAGUGGGCAGGAGGCCCAGCAGGUGAACCACCACUUUUGGGCAAUGUGA